GUCUCGAUCCAUACUGACCACUACAGGGCAAACGCAACGGGCCAAUGACGGCGAAAGCCCAGUUGCUUCAGAGUGCAGCGCAUAACAGGAAGACCGCGCCGCCACUGCAGGCGAGGCGGAACAAGCACGGAAGCGUAGCAAGCGCGCAAGGCACCUUGCACAACAGCUGUAGGAAGUACAUAGUAAGCCUUCCUUGCUCUCGAGCUAUCCCUGAUCCGUGCAAAGCCCUGGCUCGCUAACUGCACCUCGCUGCGAGCUAGUCACCAGCGAUCGCCAGUCCUCGCCCGUAAAUCACCGGAUUACUACGCGUCAUUCAUCGCCUGUUUGUCACCAGCGCCAUAAUCUACCGUUUGUCGUCCGUUUAUCACACGGCGUCAGUCUUCCGCUCAUCAUCGGUUUACCACCCGUGGAAAUUACCCGUAGGG